AUCACUACGUAGAAUAUAAAAGUCUCCUUCUUACCUAUAAAAAUAACAUUCUUGAUUAAGCGCUCACUCGAAAUACACAACGGAAUAGUUAGAAAUAUAUAUUUUUUUCAAAAAUGGGAAUUUUAUCAUUUGUUCUCGUCAGUGUUUUGGCAUUAAUUAGUGUUCAAGCAGAAGAUACAGAACAUUAUCCAAUAAGAUGGGUUGAAAUUGACAUAAAACCAAUUGUCGAUAAUGAUCGAUUAUUUAAGAAAUACACAGAAUGUAUUAUUUCGGAUAAAAUGAAGGGAUGUCCAAAGGAAGCUACACAAAUAAAAACUGCCGUACCGGAAAUAAUGGAGACACUUUGCAAAAAAUGUCUGCCUCUUCACAUUUCUCGAGGAAAGGAGUACGCUGCUUAUGUUUGUCAAAAACGACCAAAUGAAUCUCUUGCCAUACUCAAAAAACAAGAUCCAACUGGUCAAAUUCGAAAACGUUUUGAGGAAACAUUUGGAGUUGUUGAAGAUUGUAAACAUAUACACGUAUAAAAUGAAAAGAGAAAAAUUUGUUUUCUUUGUUUUUUUUUGUACUAUUCAAUUAUGUAAAUAAUUGUCUGAUAUAAAGUAAGUAAAUUUUUAUUGUAAUAUAUGUUUAUUUAAAAAUAAAUUUUUAUUAUAUAUAAAUAAAUAAA